CAUUCUCACUUCACAGAGAGCUCAACAAAAGAAAAAAAAAUGUCGUUAAUGGCAUCAAUAAGAAAAUUCCAAAUAAAACCAAACAAAAUCAAUUUGUUGUAUCUUCAAGCAAAUUCAUUUUCUGUAAAAUCAUCAGAAAAUAAUAAUGAAAACCCAAAAAAAUGUAUAGAGAAAAUAUUAGUAGCAAAUAGAGGAGAAAUAGCGUGUAGAAUUAUGAGAACUUCAAAAAGAUUAGGUAUUAAAACUGUUUCUGUUUAUAGUGAUGCUGAUAAAGAUAGUUUACAUGUUAAAUCUUCUGAUGAAUCGAUUCGACUCGGUCCUCCACCUGCUCGACUCAGCUACUUGAAUUCUUCUGCUAUUAUUCAAGCUGCUCUUCGCACUGGGGCUCAGGCUAUACAUCCAGGGUAUGGGUUCUUGUCAGAAAGUGCUGAUUUUGCUCAGCGUUGUGAAGCUGAAGGGAUUACUUUUAUUGGACCCCCAGCUUCCGCAAUACGAGAUAUGGGUGAUAAAAGUGCGUCAAAGAGGAUAAUGGGUGCAGCAGGGGUGCCACUUGUACCUGGAUAUCAUGGUGUUGAACAGGACAUUGAUUUUAUGAAGUUGGAAGCUGAUAAGAUUGGAUAUCCACUCAUAAUAAAACCGACUCAUGGGGGUGGAGGGAAGGGAAUGAGAAUUGUGAAUUGUCCUGAUGAUUUUGCUGAAUCCUUCUUGGCAGCACAACGUGAGGCUGCUGCUUCUUUUGGUGUAAAUACUAUACUACUAGAGAAAUAUAUAACUCAACCAAGACAUAUCGAAGUCCAGAUAUUCGGAGACAAACAUGGAAAUGUUUUACAUUUAUACGAGAGGGAUUGCAGUGUUCAAAGAAGGCAUCAAAAGAUAAUUGAAGAAGCACCAGCGCCGAAUAUUCUUCCUGACUUUCGCUCGCAUUUGGGUGAAGCCGCAGUAGCUGCAGCCAAGGCAGUUGGCUAUCACAAUGCGGGCACUGUGGAGUUUAUAGUGGAUACAGCCUCGGAUCAGUUUUAUUUCAUGGAGAUGAAUACCCGUCUACAGGUAGAGCAUCCUGUUACUGAGAUGAUUGUUGGUCAAGAUCUUGUGGAGUGGCAGAUACUUGUUGCUAAUGGAGAACCUCUUCCCUUGAAUCAGUCAGAGGUUCCCUUAUCAGGGCAUGCAUUUGAAGCACGAAUUUAUGCUGAAAAUGUUCCAAAAGGUUUUCUUCCAGCAGCAGGAAUCCUCCAUCAUUACUGUCCUGUCCCCAUCUCACCUACAGUUCGCGUGGAGACAGGUGUUGAACAAGGAGACACUGUUAGCAUGCACUAUGACCCGAUGAUUGCCAAGCUUGUAGUAUGGGGUGCAAAUCGUAAUUCAGCACUAGUUAAAAUGAAGGACUGCUUAUCGAAGUUUCUGGUUGCAGGGUUGCCCACAAACAUAAAUUUCCUUCAGAAGCUUACCGACCAUUGGGCAUUUGAAAAUGGCCAACUUGAAACUCAUUUUAUUGAAAAUUUUAAAAAGGACCUUUUUGACGAUCCAAAUGAUUCUAUUUUAGCAAGUGAGGCAUAUAAUGCUGCUAAACUUGGUGCCACCCUAGUUGCUGCAUGUGUUUGCCAAAAGGAAGUUGUAGCUUCAAAAGGAGGAGUCGCUGACCCCAAUGGCUUAAACUCAUUAUGGUAUGCUAAUCCACCUUAUCGAGUUCAUCACCUGGCAAAACAUACUAUGGUGUUGGAUUGGGACGAUGAAUAUGACAGCAGUGGCUCAAGGCUUUUGAAGAUUGACCUCACAUACCAAUCAAAUGGAAAUUAUUUUGUUCAGGUAGAAGACAGUGAAUCCUCCGGUUUGGAAGUUAAAGUUUUUUCCUUGGGAGACCAUAAUUUCAGAAUUGAAGCAGAUGGGCUAAUCUCAGAUGUUAGUAUAGCUACUUAUUCAAAGGAACAUACUAAGCACAUUCAUAUAUGGCAUGGUAAGCAUCAUCAUCAUUUUAGGCAACUUGUAGGGAUCAAGCUGUCUAAUGAUGAUUCAUCUCCGCAUAAACCUAGUUUCGAAACGGCUUCCCACCCUCAAGGGACUGUAGUGGCACCUAUGGCUGGAUUAGUGGUUAAGGUAUUGGAAAAUGAAGGGGCGAAGGUGGUGGAAGGACAACCUAUCUUAGUUUUGGAAGCAAUGAAAAUGGAGCACGUUGUAAAGGCUCCUGCUGCUGGUUAUAUCCGUGGGCUUCAAGUCAGUAACGGGCAACAGGUUUUUGACAACAACGUACUCUUCACUAUCAAGGAUUAAGAUAAGUCUCUUCCAACAAUGCAUGCAAAAGGUGUAGAAAAUACUAAGAAAGAUAUGUUCAAGGGCGUCGGAAGGGCUAGCAACAAAGAUAUGUUUAAAGGUGUGGGAAGUGCUAGUAACAAAGAUAUGUUUUUCAGGGCAGAUAAAAUUGACUUGAAGAAUUUGGAUAUACAAUUGGAGAAACAUUUGAGUAGGGUUUGGUCUAGGAACCUAGAACAAAAACCAAAGGAAGAAUGGGAUAUCGAUUUGUCUAAGUUAGAUAUUCGGACUGUUAUAGCAAGAGGAACAUAUGGUAUUGUUUACAAAGGUGUCUAUGAUGAACAAGAUGUUGCAGUUAAAGUUUUGGAUUGGGGAGAAGACGGUAUGGCUACACAAGCUGAAACUGCAGGACUUCGAGCAUCAUUUCAGCAAGAGGUUGCUGUUUGGCAUAAGCUUGACCAUCCAAAUGUGACAAAGUUUAUUGGGGCAUCAAUGGGAACAUCGAAUCUGAAGAUUCCAUCCAACAAUCCUUCAGGUGCUUCUCUUCCUUCCAGAGCAUGUUGUGUUAUCGUCGAGUACCUUCCAGGCGGGACAUUGAAACACUAUUUGAUAAGAAAUAGGCGAAAGAAGCUUGCAUUCAAGAUAGUGAUUCAACUUGCUUUGGACCUCGCUAGAGGUUUGAGCUAUCUACAUUCGAAGAAGAUAGUGCAUCGUGAUGUUAAAACCGAGAACAUGUUAUUAGAUGCUCAUAGAAAUUUAAAAAUUGCCGAUUUUGGUGUUGCUCGUGUUGAAGCUCAGAAUCCCAAAGACAUGACCGGUGAAACGGGUACCCUUGGUUACAUGGCUCCAGAGGUAUUAGAUGGUAAGCCCUAUAAUAGAAGAUGCGAUGUAUAUAGUUUUGGCAUAUGCUUAUGGGAAAUCUACUGUUGUGACAUGCCCUAUCCCAAUCUCAGUUUUGUUGAAGUUUCAUCUGCAGUUGUUCGACAGAGCUUACGACCAGAAAUUCCUAGAUGUUGUCCAAGCUCAUUAGCAAACAUUAUGCGAAAAUGUUGGGACGGGAAUGCAGAAAAACGACCCGAGAUGGACGAAGUAGUAACACUGUUGGAGGCCAUAGACACGAGUAAAGGAGGAGGCAUGAUACCUGAAGAUCAAGUGAAUGGAUGUUUUUGUUUUGCUCCAGUCCGUGGUCCCUGAUAAAGAGAAGCAAACUGCAACAAGAUUAUAUUUGGAUUUACAAUGACAGCCCUCUUCGAACAAGAAUGUGAUGUUUUUGUAUUAUAGUUCUUUUCUAACUACAGACGAGACGAGAGUUCUUUUUACAUCAUUUUAGAUUUUGACAUUGGUAAAAUCUUCUUCUUCUUGUUGUAUUAUGACCUCUCUGUAUCUAUGCUGUCUGCAUCUAUGAUGUAUGUAUGUGUGGUUCAAAACUUGAAAACAAACACAAAAAUAUACGCAUUUCCUUAUUUACA